AUGGAGUAACAUUUACUAACCACAACUUGUAGUGAAGACGAAGAGGAAAACUAAACUCUAAAAAAGGUUCAACUCGUUGUCUUUCCCAAAAGGUUUCUUAAUCCCCUUUCAACCUUUAGAAUGAAUGGAGAUUUUCACCUCUAUUCUGAUGCCAGAAACAUUGUCUUCAAUAAUAAUCUUAAAUUGGGAGUGAGCAGCCAAAACCCCUAUAAAAAGGUCUCUAAGGUUUUAAUCGAGAGGGGCAGACUCGUCAUUUAGUACACCCAACUUGACUUUUCGAUUACGCCAUGGGAAUACGUUGUCAAAAAAUUGGAUAGCUAUGGUGACGAGGAUAUCCAUAAACUGAGUCUUUACAUUUAAAAAUACAUUGAAUCUCUGAAAAAUGGCCUGUAACAAGUGCAAGGGACGUUCGAAAAUCAUGUCCCCCAUUAUAGAGCCUCAGGACUUUAUCAAUACAAAUAUAUCAAAGAUCUCGACCAGCUAUUUAUCUCCCAAGUUUAAUAUGACAUUAACCUCAUCGAAGAACUUGGCUACAAUGUAUCGACAUUCAUCGAUUCUUGUCUUAAAUACGGAAUUCCAGAGAUUUCUCUCAAAUACGGAAGUACAAAUUAAGAAUAUUACAAAAACAUAAUGGAAUUCGCCAAGCCAUUAGCGCAUCCGCAAUAGUCUCAAGAAUAUUAUUUAUAUUCUCAUCUAUAUCCAGAGGGAAUAAAGACAGAGGUAUCUUUCUAAGUCGAACACUAAUCAAACUCAACCGAAGAAGAUUAACUUAUCAACUUUAAUAUUUAUUACAAUUAUUAACCACAGUAAAAUCGCAUUUAAUUCAACACUAAUGAUAAAAGGACCAGACAACACAAUUGCAUUUCCCAUUACUAUCAACUUCAAGAGAAUCAAUUUCAGAGAUGUGGAUAUAAAAAAGUCAAAUUGUGAACAUCAAAUAUUUCAAACGACAUUCCAUAUUA